AAUCUUUAAUUAAUAUCUUUCAGGUCCCGUCCUGUCUUCAACGUCAUCGCACAUCUCUCUUUUCUUCCUGAGGAAAUAAGCACUGAGAAGAUUAACUGUGUGGACAAAACAGAUGAAAAGUUACCCAUGGGAACCUUAAAAGUCUGCUUUGAAAUGGUAGAAAGCACAAAGAGCAAAGCCGACGUGAUGAGCUCAGGACUGAACAUCUCAUACAUGCUUAAUGUGGAUCCAGUGAGACAAACCUACCGAGGUUUCUUUGGAAAUGACAAGACAGCCAGGAGUCUUACUUCCACCUGCAACCUGACGGCUAAUGAAACUUGCUUCGAGCUCCCUGUCAACAUGCCUAAAUGUCUGAAAGACACUUUUUCACCCAUCAGCAUCAAAUUCAACUUUUCCCAAGUCGACAGUGAGAGUGCGAGUGCCGCCCUGAACGUGGACAGCAGAAGGUCGGAUACUGUUGAGGUUCCCUUUGAAAAGUAAUGUUUCCAACACAAGCUUGGUUGCUUCAAGAGGAAGCAGAGAAGAGGAGACAGAUGUUGUUCUUCAGGCUGACACUCCAUAUGAGAACAUAUAAUGCAAAAAGUGCAGCCCAUCCCCUGCAGGAGGCGCACAAACUGUCUUUAAAAACUAGGCAGGACUUGACGCUGACCUCAUGAUAUGACCCGCCCUCUCUCUCUCUCUCUCUACCAUCUCACAAGUUGACUUAUUACAUCAUAUUUCUGUUAAGAAAUCAUUUUAAUAAGCAUGCAUCAUACACAUAUCUUACAUAUAUGCACAGCAUACAAAGUUUGUGGUGGAGUAUUGAUGAAUGGUACUCAUUGUUCAAAAUGUAAUUUACAUACUUUACAAUGAGAAAAAAUAAAAUGUUCAUUUUAUUUGGCUUAAUAAACCAGCAUCUUUCCUGUCUGAA